GGUUGGUGACCGCUAGCCUAACCAGAACAUCAGUCAUGAAUACUUCAAUAAUUCUCACUUUGUUGUUAAUAAUCCCAUGCGUUUUUGGGCGCACCAUUCGUCCGACGCAACAAAACGCACGGAAGCUUUUUGAUCAAUUCAAGCGCAAGUACAAGAAAGUGUACUCAAAUGGCACAGACGAAGAGAAUAGGUUUAGCAUAUUCCUGCGCAACCUGGCUCUCGCAGCGAAGCUUCAGAAAUAUGAAAGAGAAACUGCAACAUAUGGUGUGACCAAAUUUUCGGAUUUGACAGGUGAGUAAAUUGUAUGCUUCCUAAUCGACACUGUUCACCCACAAUCCUCCUCAUUCAGAGGAGGAAUUUGCCGCUAUGUUUAUGACCACGCGUUUUGACAAAUUUGCUCGGGGGCUGAAGACAACCAAACGAAUGAGGCUGGGGCUUCCGAACAAGCGCUUAGACUGGCGUCAGAAGGGAGCAGUGACACCAGUAGAGGAUCAAGGAAGGUGCGGCUCAUGCUGGGCAUUUUCAGUGGUUGGGAACAUAGAAAGUCAAUACUACUUAAGUGGAAGAAACUUGACGGUGCUUAGCAAGCAGCAACUAGUCGAUUGUGAUCGUUUGGAUGAUGGUUGUGACGGGGGUUAUCCUCCUCAAACCUAUUCCGAGGUCAUACGAUUGGGAGGCCUGGUUUCGGGUGCAGAUUACCCCUAUGAAGCGAGGAGAGGGUCAUGCAGACUGAACAAGUCUCAGAUUGUGGCGAAUAUCAAUUUAGCCUUGCUCCUUCCAAGGGACGAAGAAUAUCAAGCCAAAUACCUGGGAGCCCGCGGACCGUUGUCAACGGUGCUGAAUGCAAAACCGUUACAAUUUUAUCGAAGUGGAAUUUUCAGCCCUCCUUUUCUCCUGUGUUCAAAUCGCGAUCUGAACCACGCCGUAGUGACCGUUGGCUAUGGUCAAGAUGGACGAUUCCCUUAUUGGAUAGUGAAAAAUAGCUGGGGCACUGAUUGGGGCGAAGAGGGUUACUUCCGCAUCCGUCGAGGUCGAGGGGUCUGUGGCAUCGACAGAAUGGUCACGACAGCUGUAAUUUAACCCCCACCGGGGAUCUGCGCUUUCGAACACUUAUGUCGCAUCAAAUGUGUGCUAAAAAUACACUGCCACUGACGCA